UUGGAAUAGAAAAUCCAAAGUUUUGGGCCGAAAGAAAAAGUAGGUGACGGUUCGAAUUUCUGAUCUUUAGUCCAGACGUGUGAAAGGGGUCCCUUGCGUCUCGAGAGCGUAGUCGUCCUCCAUUUUUCCAGACUUUCAGACCAACUCAGUAGCCAUAUCGUCCCUCUCCCCCAUUUACAGGUACCAGAAGCCACAAACAUCACGACAAUGGAAUUGGCGGACAAGGCCGUUGGAUUUCUGUUAUCCUACAUCAGUUUGUCAAUAUUCACUUAUUACACAUUUUGGGUGAUUAUCCUGCCGUUUGUAAACAACGAUCACUUCAUCCACCGGUAUUUCCUCCCACAAGAGUACGCCAUACUAAUACCUGUGUUUGCUGGCAUGGUGCUUCUCUGCUUUUUAUGCAUUUUCAUUGGAUUUGUCAUGUUAAAAUCCAAAAAGAAGAAAGCUUGAUGACAGUAUUUCCCCCACUUUUAGUUUCUUUUCAUUUCUUUGGAGCCGAAUCCAAGUGUUUCUGAAAUGAUCAGAUACUGAUUACCUUGUUUUGUUUUUCUGCAUCAUUUCUAAUUCACUUUUCUAUCCCCUUUUAUUGGUGAUUUAAGUGCUCGUUUUACAUUAA